AUGGGUUUUCUCUUCAUCUGCCCCUUUCUGCUGGCGCUGCUCCUGUCCCGGGGCAGCUUUGCAGACCUGGAGAAACAGAGGGUGGACUCCGGCUUGGAAAUCUAUAAGAAGCUGUUCGAGGUGAAGCGCAAGGACCAGAUGAACGCGCUGAAGAACCUGAUCGAGCUCAAUGACAUCAACCAGCAGUACAAAAUCAUUGACAUCAUGCUCAAGGGACUCUUCAAAGUGCUGGAGGACUCCCGGGCCGUGCUCAUUGCUGCCGACGUGCCUCCCGACGGGCCGUUCCCUCAGGACGAGAAGAUAAAGGAUGCGUACUCCCACGUGGUGGAGAACACGGCCUUCUUCGGGGACGUCGUCCUGCGCUUCCCCAAGAUCGUGCACCACUACUUCGACCGCAGGGAGCACAGAGGGGGCUGGUGGCAGGGAGGGACCCCGGUCACAGGGGAGCGUGGUGUGGGAGGCACCGCUCCCCGACGAGGUCUCCGCUUUGCUCUGCAGAUGGCUCAGGAGCUGGGGAUCAGCGAGAAAUCGCCCGAUUACCGCAAUCCCUUUAAAACGGACCACUCUGAGUUUUUCCCCAGUGCCGACACCUUCCAGAAGGCGCUGCGGGAGGAGGAGAAGCGGCGGAGGAAGGAGGAGAAGCGGAAGGAGAUCCGCAAGGGCCCGCGCAUCUCGCGCCCGCAGUCGGAGCUAAAGGAAAUAAAUAGGACUUUGUGA